UCGAUAUGCUGCCCCCGAUUUCAAAUCCAAAAUCCAAACUCCGGUGCCCGCAUCCCUCCUCCCCUUCCGCCUUCCCUCCUCUUCCUCCUCACAGCCGUCGCCAAGCACCAAUCCUUCCCAGCUACCGCGCACACGCCGCCAUCCAUUGCGCCGUGCCUCCGCGGCAUGAGCAGCGCUGCAGCCCUCCACUGCCGCAAGCGCCGCCGCGACGAUGCUCCCGGGGACGCCUCCUCGACUCACCGCCGCCUCCUCGCUCCCAGUCCGUUGCCCGCCGUCCGGUCCUUCGGCCUUCGCAUCGCGCUCACCAGCGCCCCUCACCAACCCUGCAAGCAUUGCCACGGCGAGAGCACCUACUCACCUCACCUCUGCCGUUGCCGCCCCCGCCGCCGCCUCAGCACCAGCCCGUUCCCUGCCGUCCGACCUAAUAGCCUCCGCGUCGCGUUAGCCUCCUACCCGCGCCGCCGCCGCCGCCGCCGCAAUCUCAGCAUCGACUACGCCCACCACCCCGUCUCCACUUUCCGCCGCCGCCGCAGCCCUGCUUCCAGGGUUAGGCGAUUCCCUGGCCUUCGCCCCUUCGCCCUCCGAUUCCUCAUCGACAGCGGCGCAUCAGUCCCUCGUCGUCGCCGGAAUCCCGCUGCAGUAAACAUGGGUAACUUCUUCUCACAGCUGUUGGGGAAGACAAGCAGCGACGGUGGCUUGGAGGUGCACAUGGAGCGGCUCGAGGGGUCGCCGGAAGUAGUGGAUCUCACGUUGGAACCGGACCUUGAACCGGAGAAGGUCGAUGUCGUGAGGAGGACAAUUGGCGAUAGCGUCCCUGCAUUGGGUUCGCCGACGCCGCUGGAGAAGAUGGCGCCGUUCCACAAUGAGGCCCUCGAGUGGACGAAGUGGCGUGAUGGAAGAUUGCGUGAGUCAGCAUUCGAGGAUUGUUCCAAACUAUUUACACCUCUAACCGACAAAGAUGAAAGAGAAGUUAACACUCUUCUGUAUGGUAGUGGUGAUAGUAGCGAAAUCAUAGUGAUGCAUGGGCCUUCUAACAUUGAGAUUACUAAAGAGAAACUUGAAUGCUUGAGACCUCAUGGUUGGUUAAAUGACGAGGUCAUCAAUUUGUAUAUUGAUUUGUUGAAGGAGAGGGUAGAAAGGGAGCCCAAAAGGUUUUUGAAAUGCCAUUUCUUCAAUACAUUCUUUUACAAGAAGCUUACUUGCGGAAUAGCUGGUUAUGACUACCAGUCUGUUAGAAGAUGGACAACCUUCAAAAAGUUGGGUUAUGGACUUGUUGAGUGUGAGAAAAUCUUUAUUCCAGUACAUAGAGAUGUACAUUGGUGCCUGGCAAUUAUAAACAUGAAGGAUAGAACUUUACAAUAUCUUGAUUCUCUUGGAGGUCUGGGCCAUGAUGUACUGAGAGUACUCGUUAGAUAUAUCAUGGAUGAAUUGAAGGACAAGAGCAACAUAGAGACUGACAUCUGUUCUUGGGUGGUAAAAGUAUCAGACUGUCUUCCUUUGCAGCACAAUGGGUGGGACUGUGGUAUGUUUAUGCUUAAAUACAUCGAUUUCCAUAGCAGAGGUAUCGAACCAUCUUUCAGUCAGGAACACAUGAUCUAUUUUAGGAAACGAACAGCAAAAGAGAUCUUGAGAUUAAGAGCUGACUAAAGAAUGACUAUAUUAUGACUAGCAUUUUUUGACAUUCUAUCAAGUCAGGUAUGUAUUAUCUAGGGCCUGAUUUUGCUAGAGUAGGGAGAAGGGAAAAGAGAAGUUGGGUCAGGUGAUAACGCAUGGUUAGAGAAAGGAACACUUACCUGUGGCUCAGUAGCAUGUUGAGUUCAUCCAGGUGCACAGCAUCAGGAAAGACCCCUUGCUGCAAUGAAGGGGACAUUUUGAUUUGUGAUCUGCGGACUUCAGCCCGUCAACAAUGGUCACAGAUGCAGCAGAACAGCAGCACAGGUAGCAAAAGAUGUGACCACAAGAAAGAGAGACUGGAUCAAACACUGUGUCCUGCAAAAGCAAGA